AUGAAGGCCUUUAGGCGAUCCUUGAAGGGGGAGAAAGAUCCCAAACAUCAUCACAUCUCCAUUACCCCCAAAUCCGCCAUCGCCAUCUUACCCCCCAAGAAAGUAAUUAAAGCCCUCUACGAUUAUCAACCUGAGGGAACCUCGCAGGAAUUGGCCUUCAGCAAGGGUGAUUUCUUUCACGUUAUCAGCAGGGAGGACGAUUUGGAUUGGUACGAAGCGUGCAAUCCGCUGAUCCCUAGCGCCAGGGGGCUCGUGCCCGUCUCCUUUUUUGAGGUUAUCGGCAAAAACGAGAGGGAUAGUGGGGGCUCUGGAGACUUGUCUAAGAACCACCACGACUCAGGCUUCUCCGACCGCGGUCUUUCCCGAUCAAAUUCUUCCAACACGAAGAACGGCGCAUUCAGGAUGUCUGCACUCAAGGGCCAGGGCGCCAUGGUUUAUGGAAUUGUCCAGUACGAUUUUCAAGCGGAGCGACCCGAUGAAUUGGAUGCGAAGGCGGGCGAGGCCAUUAUCGUCAUCGCCCAAUCCAACCCGGAAUGGUUUGUCGCCAAACCCAUCGGGCGUCUCGGCGGGCCAGGCCUGAUUCCCGUUUCUUUUAUCGAAUUGCGUGAUAUGCAGAGCGGCCAGGCCGUCACCGACCCGUUGGAUGCCGUGCGGCGCGCCGGCGUUCCCAAGGUCGAGGAGUGGAAGAAAAUGACUGCCGAAUAUAAGAACAGCAGUAUCACUCUGGGCAAAAUUGACGCUGGCCAGGGCGGUGGCAACGUGACGGCGGUCACGUCCGGCAUGGACAAGAUGUCCAUGGGCCAACAGACUCGGAUGAGUCAAAAUGGCAAUGGCUAUGAUCACCAACGUACCGCUAGCAAGGGAACCUUGUCGCAAGUGUCCACGUCGCAACAGGCCUACCAAACCCUCAUCCCUGUCUCCGCGUAUAUUCCCCGCUAUUGUUUCGAUAACGAUAAAUAUUGGUACAUCAUCGAAGCGAAGAUGGAGGACGGGCGCUGCUGGGAGCUGUCGCGUUAUUACCACGAUUUCUACGAUUUCCAAAUCGCCCUUCUGACUCAAUUCGAAGAGGAAGCUGGCAACCGUGGCCGUUCGCGAAUCCUCCCCUUCAUGCCGGGUCCUGUCACCCAUGUUACCGAUGCCAUUUCCAAUGGCCGUCGUCAGAAUUUGGAUGAAUACAUCAAGAAGCUGCUGUCGAUGCCCCCGCAUAUUUCGCGCUGUCAACUUGUGCGCGACCUCUUUGCGCCCCGCGAAGGAGAUUUCGAAAUCGAUCCCAAUGCGUUCGGCGAAGACGCCCGAUACUCAGGUACAUCUCAACAUUCCGGCGGCAUGGAUCCCCAAGGAAGUGUCUCGCGCCAGUCUUCCCAGCAACAGAUCAAUGCAGCCUCGGAUCGCACAUCCCAGCAGCGUGCGUCCGCAGCGACGGCCUACACCAACGGUGGCCCACCACCCAUGAACCGGCAAGCCAGCUCCAUCACCCAAGCCUCUGCCGCCUCAGCCAAUAGCGCGAUGAAGGUGAAGGUGUUCUUCCAAGAUGAUUUGAUUGCUAUCCGUAUCCCAUCCGGUGUGAGCAUGCAGCAUCUCAAGGACAAGCUGUGUGACCGAUUGAAGAUCCAGGAUGAAAUACUUGUGCAGUACCGCGACGAAUCCACCGGCUCCUACAUCGAUCUCCAUACUGAUCAGGAUUUGGAGAACGCCAUGCAGCGGAACACUAAGCUGACGCUCUUUGUCAGCGUCGGAUAA